AUGGCAACAAACCUUAACGACGUCCUGCAGUACUCGAAUGCACCUGCCCUUGUGAUUCCAAAAGCGUAUUCGCCUACUCAGGACGCACUCAGACUAUCGUAUUCUCAUUUACGAAGUGCAAUAUCUCAAUUGUCAAACCAGUCGCCAUUCACUCAUUUGACGCAGGGUGAUCGUGUAGCUUUCUUGAUUCCAAACGGUCUUGAAUUCGUGGUGACAUUCUUUGCCAUUACUGCUACACGCGCUGCAGCGGCUCCUCUCAACCCCGGAUAUACAGGAGAUGAAAUCAAGUUCUAUUUUGAAGACAUUCAACCUAAAUUUGUGAUUGUUUUGCGAGGGUAUGAAAAUGUGGAACGUGUUGUCAGGACAGCAAACGAUAUGCAUGUACCUGUUAUGGAAGUGUGGGCUGAGAUCAAGGGUGGUCUUCCCCUUGUAAAUGUCCAUUGGUUGAAGCCAAUGCCGAAUGCGGCCAUUCCUGCAUUCUUGGCACAAAACGCACCUGCACGAGGCGUCCCGGUUGGUAGUGACACUGCAUUGUUUCUCCACACUUCUGGGACUACGUCAAGACCUAAAGGUGUACCACUGUCACAUUUAAACAUUCUGACAUCGCUACGAAACAUAUCAAACACAUACAGCCUUGCUCCAACAGACAUCACAUAUAUCGUGAUGCCGCUCUUCCAUGUCCAUGGACUGUUAGGUGCACUUUUCUCAACUCUUUUUUCUGGCGGAUCGGCUGUCGUUCCACCUAAAUUCUCUGUAACGUCUUUUUGGCAAGAAUUUUUGGAUCAUGACUCUACUUGGUAUUCUGCUGUUCCAACUAUUCAUCAGAUGUUGCUGUCUCGUGUCAAAGACACUUUCCCAAACAAGACCGGACGUCUCCGGUUUAUAAGAAGCUGUUCGGCUAGUCUUGCUCCUGCUACACUGCAACAGCUCGAAACUGUAUUCAAAGUUCCUGUGGUCGAGGCAUAUGCGAUGACUGAAGCAGCUCACCAGAUGACUUCCAACUUUCUGCCCCCUGGUCUGAGAAAGCCUGGAAGUGUUGGCAAGGGACGCGGUGUUGAAAUUGUGAUUAUGGACGAGCAAGGCAAACUCGUGCCUCAAGGAAGUCCCGGAGAGGUUUGCAUCCGUGGUGCCAAUGUCAUUACUGCCUAUCACAACAAUCCUACAGCAACUGCAACAGCCUUCCAUCCAGAUCCCAAAAAGGUCAAUGACUCUGCCAAGAAGUAUUUUAGGACUGGAGAUUUGGGAUAUGAGGACGAGUCUGGUUUCGUCUUUUUAGUGGGUCGAAGCAAGGAGCAAAUCAAUCGUGGCGGUGAAAAGAUAUCUCCCCUUGAGAUUGAUAAUAUAUUGCUCUCUCAUCCGGAAGUCAAUGAAGCUGUCGCGUUUCCGGUUCCGUCAGAGAUGUAUGGACAGGAGAUUGAGGCUGCGGUUGUGUUGAAGAGUCAAGUCACUGAGGAUGCUUUAAAGCAAUUUGUGUCUUCAAAACUGUCGAAAUUCAAGGUUCCCAAGAAGAUUCAUUUUGUCACUAGUAUUCCGAAAGGUCCUACUGGAAAGAUCCAGCGUAAUAUGCUUGGCUCACUUAUGGCCAAGCUUUGA